GCUCACCGACGCCGCUAUCCCUCCAUCCUCCUCACCUCCUUUUCUCGCCAUGCCGUCCGACUCUCCUGUUCAUCGCGAGGCAGCUUCUUCUCCGCACUCUCGUUCUCCUUCACCUGCGGGCAACGAUACCUUGACUCUCAGGGCGCUCGUCAGUUCUAAAGAUGCGGGUGUGAUCAUUGGGAAAGGUGGCAAGAACGUUGCGGAUCUUAGGGACCAAACUGGCGUCAAAGCUGGCGUCAGCAAGGUCGUCCCUGGUGUGUUUGAACGGGUGUUGACUGUGGGUGGUUCUGUGGAGGGUGUAGCAAAGGCGUAUGCUCUCAUAGUUUCCCAGCUUGUUGCCGCGAAUCCCUCCUCUCCUGUCUCGAAUUCUUCACAGCCGCACACUGCCAUCCGCCUUCUAAUCUCGCACAAUCUGAUGGGCAGCGUGAUCGGACGUAAUGGCCUGAAGAUCAAGGCGAUACAAGAUGCAUCAGGAGCGCGAAUGAUUGCUUCAAAGGAAAUGCUUCCUCAAUCCACAGAGCGCAUAGUCGAAGUGCAAGGUUCACCAGACGCAAUUGGACGCGCUAUCGAAGAGAUUGGCCGAUGUCUUCUGGAGGAUUGGGAGCGAGGUAUGGGAACUGUGCUCUUCCAUCCUGGCCCUGGCACGGGGGAUGAACGGUCUGGGCGACGGUCGUCUAACGCUGGUGGUCGGCGAUAUAACGGCGAUGCGAAUGGGCGCGGGCGGACGUCGCCCUCCCCUACUUCCCCAACUCAGCCGACAAACCUACGCACACAGAACAUCUCUAUUCCGUCUGAUAUGGUUGGAUGCAUUAUCGGACGGAAUGGAACGAAAAUCACCGAGAUCCGGCGUCUCUCCGGUUCCAAAAUAUCAAUUGCGAAGGAGCCCCAUGACGAGACUGGCGAGAGGAUGUUUACGAUUGUGGGCACCCCUGAAGCCAACGAGAAGGCGCUUUUCCUCUUGUAUAACCAAUUGGAGAGCGAGAAAGAGAGGCGAGUGGGCAGGGACCAGCAACAGCAAGAGGAACUGCAGGAUUGAUGAAGGCUUGGAGCAACGCACGUACCAUCUGCGCUCUUAUGCUCUAAACGCUCUGCAACGCUAUGAGGUCAAUCUACGGCUUCAUGAACGUCAAGUCGAGGCGCCUCCCGCCGUGCUCGCACGUCCAUCAAAUCCUCUACUCACCCAUCCUCAUGCAGCUUCUCAACUCUGCGAGCACUCGCCAUUCUUCAAACCUCCUGUCAUCCGUAAAAAUCAAAGCUUUCCUCAUCCUCUUGACCCCCCC